AUGGCUUCACAGCAAAGCUACGAUGUCAUUGUCGUUGGUGCAGGCAGUGCAGGAUGUGUCGUAGCAAACCGUCUGUCUGAGGAUCGACACCUCCAAGUCCUACUUAUUGAAGCAGGACCAGACCACAACAACAACUUUCCUGGUGCAAUCAUUAACUUACCUGGUGGUUACGCCCAGAUUCAAACUGGACAAUAUGAUUGGAAUUUCUAUACUGAAAAGCAACCUGCGACAAGGAGUCGUGUUCAUUUCUGGCCUCGUGGUAAGGUCAUGGGAGGCUGUUCUUCUAUCAAUGCCAUGCUAUGGGUACGAUGCAAUCCUGAAGACUAUGAUGAAUGGUCUCGUGAUUUGGGAUUGGACGGUUGGGGAUGGAGCACUGUUGAACGGUACUAUAAGAAACUCGAAAAAUAUAGCAUCCCUACGGAAGAACUUGAUCCUGGAUGUCAUGGAUUUGAUGGUCCUUUAGGAAUUUCUCGAACUGGUGGUGGAAUCGUCAAUCCAUUAUCUACUGCCUAUGUGAAGGCAGCUGCUCAGGCUGGUAUCGGUUUAGGAAAAGAUGGUGUUACUGAUCCAACUGCACCAAAAUCUGCCGCUCAACUAUCACCAUUCGGAAUCGACUACAAUGGGAAAACUCAAUUUGGAUCAGGGAUAUCUCAGACGACUGUUUACGAAGGGGAUCGAAUGACUACUGCUCGUGGAUACAUUUGGCCAUUGAUGGACAAGAAGGCGAAAACUUAUAGAUCCAAUUUGACUGUGAUGACUGGUGUUCAAGUUACCAAAGUGCUGUUUGAGGGUACAAAGACUGUUGGUGUUGCCUAUGAGGUUAACAAGAAGCAGCAGGUCAUCAAAUGUCGAAAGGAGGUUGUUUUGUGUGCUGGUGCUGUACAAACUCCUCAAAUCUUGAUGCUAUCUGGUGUUGGAGCUAAAGCUGAGCUUGCUCAACAUGGAAUUCCAGUUGUUGCUGAUGUACCAGGAGUCGGAAAAAACUUGCAAGAUCACUUGUUUGCAGCAUCACCCUUCCUAGACCACUCGGGCAAUGCCUACGUAGAUGGAGAAGUAGGAUUACUCGCAACGGGGCUCUACCAGUACCUCAAAAACCGUACUGGAGUAUUGACCACAUCUGCUGUACAAGCUUUGUCCUUCUUCUCGACAGAAGGAUAUUUGAACCGUUUACCGAAACUCAAUCGUACUCGUCCGCCACCACCGAAUAUGGAGAUUCAUUUCGUGCCUGCUACGUUCGGCCCUGAUAUGGUCAAGUUGUUUAAAUUUGCUACAACCGUCGUAGAACCACUCGGCGAAGUUAAGGCCAACCAAAAAUUCGACAUGAAAAGCCUCCGUGAAAAAUCCCACUUGAUUCGAAUCUCUGAAAAAGGUGGUAGCGUCCCACGUUUCGUAUUCCCACUAGUCUCCCUCAUCAAACCACAAUCUCGUGGUACUAUCUCUCUCAAAUCAUCAAACCCAUUCGACGCACCCGUAAUCGACCCGCAAUACUUUUCAGUGCAGGCCGAUGUAGACGACAUGGUUGAUGCAUAUGCACAAAUGCGAGUGGUUAUGGAUUUGAUUACCAAGAAUGGAUAUAAGAUGCAGGAAUGGACUGAUGAGGGGAUUGUUGAUGAGGUGGUGCGUGUGCAAGGGGUUAGUCGUGAGGAGGCUUUCAAGAGCCGUGCGUAUAUGGAGGAGCAGAUACGUAGGACUUCUGUUACGAUUUAUCAUCCAGUCGGCACAUGCAAAAUGGCCACUUCAGAUGAUCCAAUGGGUGUUGUAGAUACUCAUUGCCGAGUCCGUGGCGUCUCAGGCCUCCGUGUAGUGGAUGCCUCUGUUAUUCCAAUCAUUACGGCAGGAAAUACGAAUGGACCAGCUAUCGUUGUAGCUGAAGUGGCGUCGGACUUGAUCAAGGGUGAUUUGAACGCCAAUGCCUAUACCACCAGCCGUCUUUAA